UUGCAAAAUGUCAUUUAAUGUGUAGGUGUGUGGUUCGACAGGUUUUUACAUUAUUCAUUUGUGUAAUUUUGCUUCAAACAUCUCUUUUGUCCAACCACACCCACCCAACAAGAGUGGCAAGGUGAAAGUGUUUCUGAAUAAUAAAAUCAGUUGUUAGGGAUAUCCUGCCUCCAGUAUUAAAUAGUUGUCAAACGACAUGUACCAAUUUUGACUCAAAAUUUUUGAGGAGCGUUACAACUGAGAAACUAUAAACUACAAGAAGUCAGCCAGAGACACUACUGAGCAUUUUCACUAUAAUGGAGAACAGUGAAUCUCAACAACCAAAGGAACCCAGCAUGCCUACGCUUGAUGAGUUCAAGGCUAAAGUUUUUGAAGCAGGGGACAUAAAAGAUCUCAAGAUCAAGGAUGCGAAAUCGGCCGUCGUGGGAGAAAUGACGUCCAAGGUUUCUCCAUCAACGAAAGCCAUUGCUGGGGGAAAAAAGGAGAACGAAGUGAAGCCAUUGUCAGGGAUCAAGGUUGAAUUAACGCCGAAACAAAAGCAAGAAAUUAAAGAAGCCUUUGUCGCCCUGGAUGUCGAUGGUUCGGGUUACAUGAGUACCCAUGAUUUGAAAAUUGCGUUAAGGGCAUUGGGAUUCGAACCUCGAAAAAAUGAAAUCAAGAAAAUUGUGGAGAAAGUUGACAAGAAUAAUACGGGUAAAUUGUGCUUCACUGACUUUAUGGAAGUAAUCAAUCUCAAAUUAGCUGAGAAGGACAGUCGAGAUGAAAUCUUGAAGGCUUUCAAACUCUUCGACAAAGAUCAUACGGGUUUCAUCACCUUUGAAAACUUGAGGCAAAUCGCAGUAGAACUAGGAGAGGGAUUAAAUGAUGAAGAGAUUAGAGAAAUGAUUGACGAAGCUGACAUGGACAAUGAUGGUGCUGUAAAUGAAAACGAGUUUUUCAGAAUUAUGAAGAAAACUAGUCUGUACUAAAUUUAACUAAUCAAGUCUGUGUUUCAUAUCCUGACUAUUCUGGUCAUAAAUCACAAAGAGAAUCAUCUUCAUAAUCAUUGUAUUUUAUCAUAAUAAUUGGGCAAUCUCUCGAGUGGAUCGUUAAACAUUACCUAUUUAUUUAUGAUCUCACAAACAUGACUCUGUAUUUCUGUGCAUGAUUCCUUACAGUGUAUGGCACACUAGUCUAUGAAUAUGAUAUUGUUCCCAAUGUACAAAUGUUUAUUUAUUUUUUAUUCCCUCGUCUCACGGCGAGGCUUAUUCUAUCUGUGAUCGAAUAAAACUAUGUGAAAUUGUUAGAA